CCACCUUUGGUACCCUAAUCCCCGGCAGCGGACUCGCUAAAGUACGUCACGCCGUGAGAGUCAAGCCGGUGACCGUCAGUCUUUUGCUGUUUCUAGGCUUGGCUACCAUCUUCAAAGUAACGCUAUGUUGCGUUCAUCGUUAAGGGCAGGCCGGAGGUCAGCUCCGGCCUUGCAGAAACCCGGACGUUUACUGAGAUCGGAUAGCGCUCUACUCCGCUGGAGCCAGAUAAGAAGAUCUGCUUCGACUGUCACAAGCCUUGAGAACUUUCCGGAGAUUGGUGAGGGGAUCCAUGGGUUUACUGUUCAGGAGAAGAAGCACGUUCCAGAACUGCACCUUACAGCAAUCCGCUUGAAGCAUGACAAAACCGAUGCCGACUACAUCCACGUGGCUAGAGAAGACAAGAACAAUGUCUUCGGUAUCGGGUUCAAGACGAAUCCCCCAGAUGCUACUGGCGUGCCGCAUAUCUUGGAGCAUACUACACUUUGCGGAAGUGAAAAAUAUCCCAUCCGCGACCCUUUUUUCAAGAUGCUACCUCGGUCUCUUUCAAACUUUAUGAACGCUUUCACCUCCGCUGAUCAUACCACCUACCCUUUCGCCACGACAAACCCGCAAGACUUCCAGAAUCUCCUCUCGGUCUAUCUUGACGCCACGUUCCAUCCGUUGUUGAAGGAAGAAGAUUUCAGACAGGAAGGAUGGCGGCUAGGUCCGGAAGAUCCUCGCGCCAUACUGGCCCGCGGAGAGCAAUCGCAGGCGGACCAGAAGCCUGAGGACAUUCUUUUCAAAGGUGUCGUCUACAACGAGAUGAAGGGCCAAAUUUCGGACGCCAAUUACCUCUACUACAUCAAGUACAAGGAGAAUAUCAUUCCCGCGCUCAACAACUCUGGAGGAGACCCUCAGUACAUCACCGAUUUGACCCACAAACAGUUGGUCGAAUUUUCGAAGCGCAACUACCACCCCAGCAAUGCCAAGAUUUUCACCUAUGGUGAUAUGCCACUGAGCGCUCAUCUCCAACAAAUUGGGGGUGUGCUGGAUGGCUUCCAAAAGGGAGAGGCUGACACAGCUGUCAAGCUACCGAUCGAUCUCUCUAAAGGUUCUCAGAGUGUGACUGUUUCGGGGCCGAUCGACACAUUCGCCAGCGAAGACAAACAGCACAAAACGUCGACUUCAUGGUAUAUGGGGGAUGCUGCUGAUGUUGUCGAGACGUUUUCGGCCGGUAUUCUCUCCUCGCUGCUCCUCGACGGGUAUGGGUCGCCUUUGUAUCGAGCCUUGAUCGAAAGUGGCUUAGGGUCUUCAUUCACUCCUAAUACGGGCCUUGACGCUUCAGGUCGUGUGCCCGUGUUCUCAGCUGGUGUUACCGGUGUGAGUGCAGAAGAAGCACCUAAAGUCAAAGGUGCCAUUCAACAGGUCUUCCAGGAGUGUCUAGCCACUGGCUUCAGUGACGAGAAGGUUCGGGGUUUCCUUCACCAAUUGGAACUUGCUCUAAGACAUAAGACUGCCAACUUUGGUAUCGGUGUCAUGGAAAAAACCAUCUCCUCAUGGUUCAAUGGCUCCAAUCCCAUGAAGGAACUCGCCUGGAAUGAGGUCAUUGAUGAGUUCAAGAGCAGAUAUGAGAAGGGGGGCUACCUGGAGUCCCUAAUGCAGAAGUAUCUCAUGAAUGACAAUUGCCUAACCUUCACAAUGGUCGGCAGUCCUACUUGGAACCAAGAGCUGGACGAACAAGAAAUGGUUCGGAAGGAGGAAAAGUUCAACCAGCUCAUUGAGCAGCAUGGCUCCCUGGAGAAGGUAGUCGCCAAGCUGACAGAGGAAGAGCUUCAGCUGUUGAAGACCCAAGAGGAGGCACAGAACGCAGACUUGUCAUGCCUUCCUUCCCUUCGUGUUGCUGAUAUUUCUCGGGAGAAAGAGCGCAAGCCUGUUCGAGAGUCGAAGGUUGACGGCGUAGACGUCGUCUGGCGCGAGGCUCCUACCAACGGUUUAACAUACUUCCAAGCGCUGAACGCGUUUGAAGAUCUGCCAGAUGAUCUACGUCUCUUGAUGCCACUGUUCAAUGACUGCAUAAUGCGUCUGGGCACAGCCAGCAAGUCAAUGGAGCAGUGGGAGGACAUCAUCAAAUUGAAGACGGGUGGAAUCUCCACAUCCUCCUUCCAUGUAUCAUCCCCGACGCAGCUUGGAAAGUUCGCCGAGGGUCUUCAGUUCUCUGGUUUCGCUCUGGACAAGAACAUCCCCGAGAUGCUGGAGAUCAUGACUACACUUGUCACUGAGACCGACUUCACUAGUCCCAGUGCGCCAGCCAUGAUUCAGGAACUGCUGCGACUGACGACCAACGGCGCCUUGGAUGCAGUGGCUGGUUCAGGUCAUCGUUAUGCCCUUAAUGCCGCUGCAGCAGGGCUUUCACGUAGCUUCUGGGUUCAAGAGCAACAAUCUGGCCUUGCGCAGUUGCAAGCUACAGCUAAUCUGCUGCGAGAUGCAGAGACCUCGCCAGAACGCCUUGCGGAGUUGAUUGAGAAGCUUCGCCAAAUUCAGUCAUUUGCUAUUUCUAAAUCCUCCGGUCUCCGUGUUCGGAUGGUCUGUGAACAGAGCAGCGCCAAGCAAAAUGAGUCCGUGCUACAGAAGUGGCUUACGGGCCUACCACAAGUCCGCUCACCGACAUCUACACCCAGUAUUUCAGCUCUCGGCUUGGGUGCCCACAAGGCUUUCUAUGACAUGCCUUAUAAGGUCUACUACUCAGGCUUGGCUAUGCAAACCGUCCCUUUCACCAGCUCAUCCAGUGCAUCGCUUAGCGUCCUCUCUCAGCUUCUAACACAUAACUACCUCCACCCAGAGAUUCGCGAGAAAGGCGGCGCCUAUGGCGCGAGUGCCAUGAAUGGUCCGGUGAAGGGAAUGUUCGCUUUCACUAGUUACCGGGAUCCGAACCCUGUUAACACCCUGAAGGUCUUCCAGAACAGUGGUGUCUUUGCCAGGGACCGAGCUUGGUCUGAACGGGAGCUCAACGAGGCGAAACUGGGCAUCUUCCAGGGUCUCGACGCUCCAAUGAGCGUUGAUGAAGAGGGUGCGAGAUAUUUCAUGAGCGGCGUGACUCAUGAGAUGGAUCAGCGCUGGAGAGAGCAGGUCCUUGAUGUCACGGCUAAGGAUGUCAAUGAAGCAGCUGAGUCCUUCUUGGUCCAGGGCUCGCAGCGUUCCGUGUGCCUUCUCGGCGAAAAGAAGGAUUGGAUUGAAUCGGACGGCUGGGACAUGAGAAAGCUUUCCAUGGGAGUCUCUGGUGAAAAUGACCAGGCUGCUAUGGACGCGCAGGAUGCCGCGGCAUCCGCCUAGACGCACUACCAGACGUUUCAAACUAGGAACGCGUUUGAUACCUACGUUGUUGCUUUUCACUGACUUGGAAACCUUAGUAAAAUCGUCGGUGUUAUUUCGACAGACAUGUGUACCAUAUAACCAUGUAUUAUUAUCACGAUGUUCUCACGCACGACAAGAGCCUGUAUAUAGAUUUUUACAUGUACAAUACCCCUUCACUCUUCACUCAUUCUGGUU